UCCGGGGUGGUUGGUAGCGAUGCUACUAAAGCAAAGCUGUCAGAGUUAUUCCAGUUUUAUUUUUAUCUCUUACCUUUAAUUUAUUAAUUUUCAAUGGAGAAUGGCUUCGUUGACUGUCACUGUCAUAUUUCGGCUCAUGAGUUUGAAGAGGAUUGUGAGGAUGUGAUCCAGAGGACGAGGGAGGCUGGUGUAAAGACUGUGGUUGCAGUUACAGAAGCAGUUGAAGAGUUUGCCCGCGUCCUCCAGCUUCAGGAAAGAUAUCCAGAUCUUGUGGCUCCAUGUUUUGGCAUCCACCCACUGCAGGCUGGCGGCGGGCCUCAGCAGCGCAGUGUGAAACCUCAGGAUCUGGACGCGGCCGUUCCACAGUUCUAUAACCACAGAGAACGCCUCGUUGCUGUUGGAGAGGUUGGUUUGGACUUCACGCCCUGGUGCGCCCCCGCUCAGCAGGACCGGGACGACCAAAUGAGCGUCUUCAUUAAGCAGCUCAGCAUCGCCAAGGAGCUGGACUUACCUGUGAACGUGCACUCCCGAUCAGCUGCUGCGGUCACGAUUGAGACCAUGAGAGGACAAGGCGUCAGCCGAGCUCUGCUUCAUAACUUUGCGGGAAAGCCAUCGGUCGCUCUGGAAGGUGUGAAGGCGGGUUACCUCUUCUCUUUUCCCCCUGCUGUCUGCAGGAGCCGGCAGAGAGACAAGUUAAUCAAGCAGAUCCCGCUGGAACACAUCUGUCUUGAAACCGACUCUCCUGCUCUGGGGAUUGAGAAGCAUGUGAGGAACGAGCCCAGAAACAUCGUUCUGCCCUGCCGCUACAUCGCUGACAUCAAAGGUGUUUCCUCAGAAACUGUUCAGCUCGUCACGGCACAAAAUGCAUACAGACUCUUCCCCAAAGCUAAAACAUGCUAACACACACACACACACACACACACACACCAGGGGAAGCAUAACCCAGCUCAUGACUGUCUGUGCUUUGGUAUUUUACUCAGCCUCAGAUGCUCAAUGUAACAUGAAUGUAAACAUGUCAGAUUUUAAGCUCAUAAUGGAUACACGGUAAUGUUUGAAUAGCAGCACAUUUAAAAAGUCAUUUCAAGUCAGUCCUUGUUGCACAAGCACAAGAUGAACCAAGUCUUGCAGAAACUGUAAAUAAUUGUUGAGUCGCUCUGGACUAAAGUUUUUGACGGAUGGGUGAAAAUUAAUUUAAACUCAGUCUUUCAUUUCAGUAUUACCAAUAACAAGUCUUUUUAAGACCUUGAGCUCAUGCAUCAUGAUCUCCAGCAUAUUCUGGGUAUUGCAUUAUGUCAGAUACACUUCAUCGGUCCUGGAAAUAAAACACUGAAAGCUGCGACACGUUUGGGUCUCAGAUUUAUGUGCAGCAGCAGCUCAGGUCGUCUUCUCAGGCUGCAGCUGUUUACACCAGGUGAGUUUUAUCUGAAAGAGAGGAGACGUGGCUGACAGGAGUCAAACACCAUUUUAGAGAAAAUCAAAUAAUACAGUGAUAUGGAAUCAUUUUACUUCACUGACCACAUCAUGAGUUUAAUCUCGACUGCAGCAGGAAAACCUCUGCAUGAAAAUUUUGCCCAAACUUUAUAAUAAUAUGUCUGUUUUUCCACGUUUAGUCUGUUGGGGCUCAGAAACAUCUGCAUGGCUCCUUAAGCAUCUUACUGAGGUGUUACAGCAGAUCCUGGGUGAACUCUUUCAGGCUGUGAAACUGGCCGUGAUUCUGCCGCAUGUUAUAUUUUAAUUUGUUAUAAACCAGGUAACCUGUAGGGUUAGGACCCCAGUGUGAUGUCAUGUGCAAGAGCAGCUUCAAACGCUCCUUCAUCACUGAGGUUUCACUUUUCCACAGAUUGCAUUAACAGAAAAAGCCAGCACAGGUCAUAUGAAGGCAAUAAAUAAAUUGCAUCCUUCAUAAACUCAAUAACUUUGGAAUGGGAUCCUUGAGCCCUUCAGAGCUUAAUUACCCAGAUAUUAAAAUAUUAUUUGGGGCACAUACACUUUCUCGUGUGUAUAUCGGAUCUACAGGAAUAUUUCUGUAAAAUCAUCAAUCCAGCUUUCUUACAGCUCUCCUCGAAGUGUCUUCUCUCCGGGAGAUUGUCCGGGGGA